GCCACCGCGCCCCUCCUUCAUCUCCUACAAUGGGCUGUUCAAGUACCAGGACCCGGCGUGUUUCACCUUCGCGCCCAACCACGCGGUGCUAGUGGUGGGGGUACCGCCUCUCAGGCACCGACCCCGCCCUCCCACACAUCGCACCGCCCUACUGAUCAUCCGCAACUCGUGGGGUGACGGGUGGGGCGACGGGGGCCACAUGCGCAUGGACAUGCAGGGCGGGUACGGUGUGUGCGGCAUCAACACUCUGCCUGGCGUCUACCCCAUCGUUCGAUCAUCAUCUGACGCGUGCAACAGCGACAUCGUGCAAGCAGACGGAACGCCGCUGGCGAACCUGGACGUGUGUGGGGCGGCAGGCUUUAACCCGUGUGGGGUGGGCACGUGUGUGAAUGACGGGGCGGGGUCGUACUCGUGUGUGUGUCCACGGGGAUAUAUUCAAGGCACCACUGUUGAUGGCGCCUUCUCCUGUGCUCCAGCGCUCACGGUGGCGACGAGCUACGUGGUGAGGGGAGGGGGAGUGACGUGUGCGCAUGUGCACCAGACCGUGGGCCUCACACUGCAACAGCUCAAGACCCUCAACCCGGCGUUGAGCUGCAGUGCGCCCAUAGCAGUCAACACCACCGUCACCAUCACGUCCACUUCCUCGCUCUCCCCCUGCUCCGCCUUCUACACCACCGCUGCUGGCGACACAUGUCUAUCCAUAGCCACACGGCACGCCCUCACAGACACCUGCGAUCCCAUACAGGGGGAUCCAUGCACAUCCCCCUCCACCACAGCAUGCGUCAAGCCAUGCAAGACCGCUCUCCAGGCCAUCAACCCCGGGCUCGACUGCAGCGCAGACACAGACGGCACUCUCCCUGCGUACCUCUCGGUGUGCGUGAAGGUGGAUUAUUUAUACGUGCCAAGAGUGCCAGCGUGCCCGCACGUGCACACGGUGGCGCCGGGAGAGACGUGUGACGUGCUGCGGAAGACGGUGGCGGGCGGUAUGAGUGUGGAGGAGCUGUACCAGCUGAACCCGGGGAUUCUCUGCGACCGCAUCGCCCUGCCUGUGCCCGCCUCUGCUGCUGUCAUCCCCAAUUAUGACGUGUGCUGGGCGGACGUGUACGACCCGCAGAUCCCCACCUGUCCGCGGCCGUACAUCAUUCUCAAGGCUGACACGUGUGACACCAUACUGCCUAAAUCCUUUGGUGGAAGUCACGACUGCUUCCGGCAAAUCAACGGCUACGAAUGCCUCAACCCUGUGCAAGUCGGUGCCCGCAUUUGCCUGCCGGAUCCCGCUGCUUUAUUGAGGGGCAGGUGCCUGGUGUAG